GUCCAAUCUGAAAAGCAAAAAUGACGUUUGUGAUGCACCUGUGUUUUAUUUUAUUUAAUCAGUGAAUGGUUGUUUAAAAACGCAAUAACUUAUUAAUGUUUAAUAAGAAAAGUGAGAAUGUUUACUUCAUGUAUAAGCCGUCAUCUAAAACUAGCCAUUGGCAAUAAAACGAACUCAUAAUUCACUUAAAGGGUUUCAAACCAUGUUAUUGUGUGACUAUUUUCAAGGGUAGUUGAAGUUAAAUAACAAGUAUGGAUGAGAAGAGAGUGGCGGAUUACUUCGUGAUCGCGGGGCUGCCCGAGACGCCGGAGUUACUGGACGAUUCUGACUCUGGACACCUGAAGGGAUACAGUACAAAAGCUCCAAUAACAGAUAUCAGUGUCGUAUUCCCGAGUCUCGGCGAAACCGUCCCCAAUGGCUACGAGCUGAUCGAGACAACGCCGAGUGGACUGCCCGCCGACCUCAACCAUGGCUCCAUACGGACGCCAGAGUGCUUCAUCUGCAUACGACGGGGGCGGGACAGGGCGCCGCUGGUUGACAUCGGCGUCAUGUACGAAGGCAAAGAGCGUCUCAUGGCCGACGCCGAAAUGGUGCUCGAGUCAGUCGGCCAACGUCUAGCCAACGUCAACAACUCCACAGCUAAGACGUUCAUAACGUACCGGCGGGCACACGCCGGCGCGCCGUGCAACGCGCUGGUGGUGGUCGAUGUGUGUGUGAUCAUUGCUAGCAAGGGAGAAUUCCCGCCGCACGCCUUCUGUAUGAUCGCCAAGAACCUUAACAAAGGACUGAUGGGCAGUGACGUUUUUCUCUGUUACAAGAAGUCAAUGAACCGUCCACCUUUAAUAGCUUACAAGCCAGAAGUACUAUUUAGGUAUCCAAUGACCGAGCGUCGCAGCCUCGCCUUCCCCACGUCCGUGCCAUUAUUCUGUCUGCCUAUGGGCGCCACUUUGGAGCUGUGGCCGACCAACGCCGCGACACCUAAGCCUGUAUUCUCCACUUUUGUGCUCACAGUCGCCGACGCCACUGACAAGGUAUACGGUUCAGCGGUGACGUUCUAUGAGACCUACCCCCACAGUCAGCUGACGGAGAGCCAAAUGGAGCUCCUAGGCUGGCGGACCGGGAUCUCACACACCACACACUCCGUCCACGUCAGCAAGAGCAUUUGCCUGCUUUCCCGGUGGCCGUUCAGCGAUACGUUCGAGCGGUGGUUGCUGUAUAUACUUGAAAUGUCGUGGAGUAAACAGCCGCUAACUAUACCCAUAGAGAGAUACAUAACACAUUUGUUGGAAGAAGUGCCGUUUCCCGAGCCCAGGAUAUUGCUGCAGUUGUCACCUACAAACGCGGGUGAUCGGGUGAUAGUGACGCGACGCGACGACCAACCUUUGGUGCGGAGCGGCGCCGGGUUCAGGCAGCUGCUACUCAACCUGGGCCCCGACAACUGUCAGCUGCUGCUGGCGCUGGCCAUUACUGAGCAGAAGAUUCUGAUCCACUCGCUUAGGCCAGACACCUUAACUGCAGUCUCGGAAGCCGUCUCAAGUUUACUGUUUCCGUUCAAAUGGCAGUGCCCUUACAUACCACUCUGUCCUUUAGGUUUAGCAGAAGUAUUACACGCGCCGUUGCCAUAUUUAAUCGGCGUUGACUCGAGAUUUUUUGAUCUCUACGAACCUCCACCCGACGUGACGUGUGUCGAUUUAGAUACCAAUAAUAUUACAAUAUGCGAUUCACAACGGCACAUAUCACUCAAAUUGUUACCCAGACGACAAGCUAAAGCUUUACGGCAAACUUUGGAAGUAUUAUACAGCAAUAUACGACCGGGUAUGUUGGCGUCACCUGUCCACCAUUCCGGAAACAGUAAAUACAACGGCGAACCCACAACGAGUUUAGACAGAGACUUCCAAAGAAGAAAGAAAGAGUACGCCCUAGAACUCGAAAUACAAGAGGCGUUCCUCCGUUUCAUGGCUGUGACGCUGCAGGGGUACCGCGCGUACCUCAUACCCAUCACGAAGGCGCCCACUGUUGGGACCACGGACCCCCACGCCCUGUUCCAUAUGGACGCAUUCAUACGGUCUAGGGACAAGACGCAACAACGCUUCUUCACACUAAUGAUGCGAACGCAGAUGUUUACGCGUUUCAUCGAAGAACGUUCGUUCGUGUGCGACGUGGACCAAGGGCUGCCGUUCUUCGACGAGUGUAUAGAACGUGUUGCGUGCGGCGACAGCGGCUCGCUGCUGGGCACGGACACGAGCAACGCGUCCGAGCGAACCGUGUUCGUGCUGCCGCCGAACCCCGAACCGUGUGAAACCUACACGUACUCCAAAUUCGAGUUGGACCCGGUGCUGCUAGCUAAAUGCGUGACGGGUCGCGCGCGUCACGGCGGGCUUCAAACGCUCUCGGCGGCGUCGCGCUCGGCGCUCGCGUCGGCCGAGUCGCUCGGCGACGCGUCGCCCAUGGCCAGGCGGACCAAGCAGGAGAUCGCGGCCGCGCAGAGAUUGGCGCGCAAAGCCAGCCUGUCGCCCGAAGCAUGGGCGAAGUGUCUCCUCGGCGCGUGCUACUCGCUAUAUUUCCUAUCGCUCCCGAGCCGCAUGAUGCUGCUCCGAGGCAAAGAACAGGCCACUCUUACUGCGGCUUACGAACUACUGGAGAAGGCAACGAAACUGCGAGUUCCUUGUGACGAGGUAUGCUACCGCGUCAUGAUGCAACUGUGCGGUAUCCACUCCCUGCCGGUACUAGCCGUGCGUCUCCUCUUCCUAAUGAAACGCGCCGGCCUGCAGCCUAACGCGCUCACGUACGGCUACUACAACCGCUGCGUGCUCGAGGCGCCGUGGCCGCACGACAUGCCCAGUGGUUCUCAACUGCUAUGGAACAAGCUUCGCAUAGCGGUGAUGGGCGCGGCACUGUUCCGAAAAGCAGGCGCGCAGCGGGCUAACCGCGCCGCUGGCUCGGGACUCUCGGCUGGAAGUGUAGGCACGCUGCCGCGAGUUGUAUCCGCGGCGGGCAUGGACGGCGACUUAAGCGGGCUCGCCUUAGCCGCGUGUGAACCCGCACACAGCCGGACUAGUCUUGACGAAGCGAGUGCACGCGAAAUGGAAGCCGCGUCAUCAGCAUUCGAAGCACUAGUACGGCGAGGCAACAUCGUGCAGCAACAACCCGCGAGGCCGCAUAAGCAUGCGCUCUCCACCGCGGCCGGCAUACUCAUAUCAGGUUUACCUUCAAAUCCAGACUUGUGUGAGGCGGCGCGACCGAGAAGUAAUUCAUUAGGAAAUGAUGACACAACUAAUGGCGUUACGAUAGCUGAAAAACGACAGACAAUACACGUGAGCCCGGAUAGUCCGUCGGACCUUCGAAUAUUGACGCGGUCCGAGAGCUUCGCUGGGGACGCUCAAAUUGUACAGAACUUGCAGAGGCUAUCGUUUUCUAGCAGUACAUCGAAUGUGAAGUCUCGGUGUUCGCGAACACUAAGCUUCCCCGAGGAGCCCGAAAAAGAGGAGGCGGCGGCUGAGCCGUCUGAGGAGCCCGAAGGGUCUCCACUCAAAUUAUCCCCCCGCACGCAAGUGCUGGCCGACGACCCGCUCGGGGCCCUGCGCGACCCCCUGCCGGAGUCCCCGCCCCCGCCGCCGCCGCGCGACAACCCCGCCCCGCCGCGGCACGAGUACUCCGUCAGCCCCAAGCUGUUCCACCGCCGGAGCAACUCCUUCCAGGACGACGCGCCCACUGACCAUGGGAAACUACACAGGAGCGAGACCGUCCCCGCCGGCACCGUGUCGUCCAGCCUCGCCAGUCUCGGGAACACGCUCAAGAUCAGCUUCGGACGCUAUUCGCCCGGCCGGUUGUCUUUACGCAAAGAGAACAUAAACAUCGGAAAGGCGAUUGUAGAAAACUACUUCAGUCCCACGAGCAUAGCCGGCAAGAAAUCCAACGAGCUCCUACAAAGCGGGCUCUCCAGCCUUAAGUCCGCCGCUACGAGUAUGGCCAAGAAGUUCGACGAGAUGAAAGAAGUCAUAUCCGCGAACUCUACGCCAGUGAAGGGGGCCAUUGGAAACGCGACCAGCGCGCUCACGAGUUUCAUGGAGGACGAUUCUACGGAUGGCUCGUCGGAGAUUAAUCCGGAUGAAUGGACGGGCGGCAUGCAUUUCAGGAGAGCUUCGAGCGACGCUGAACUAGCGUGUGCCAUGGAGCGUGGCUCAUUAGCCACCCUGCUGUCGCACUUACCAGACAACCUAUAUCCACAACAAGCGGAAAACCCAAAAUCAUCGCCCACAGUAACCGCCCACAUGUCAUCCUGCUCGCAAUGCCACCAAUGCUACGCGUUGCUAUACGACGAGGACAUCAUGGCGGGCUGGGCGGCAGACGACUCCAACCUCAACACGCGCUGCACCGCCUGCGGCCGCCACACCGUGCCGCUGCUGUCCGUGCAGAUAAUGCGCGAGGGUCAGACGCAAACCGAAACUGUCAGCGUGCCUUAUUUAAAUCCAUUGGUGCUAAGGAAAGAAUUCGAAUCAAUAUUAGGUAGAGAAGGCGACUCGUGUCUUCUGGAGAAGGAGUUCGUGGAAUCGCACCCGAUCGUGUACUGGAACCUGGUGUGGUACCUGGAGCGUGCCAACAUCGAGAGCCAUCUACCGGACCUGCUGUGCGCCAACUUCCCGGCCAUGUACCAGGACGAUGUGCCUGACGAAAACAACGGUGAGUGGUGCUCGGUAGUAUGCAGCUGGGACUCGGUGCGGCUGCACGGCGAGGCAGGCACGGCGCUGUACCGCGCGUGGCGCUCCAAGCGCGCGCAGCAGCAGCGCUCGCGCGCGCUGCAGGCCCUGCUGCUCACAGACACCGCGCAGGCCAACGCAGUGGUGCUGGCGGUGUUGGACGGGUUGCUGAGCAACGAUCUGAUCGACGCACUGCGGCGGCUCGCCGCGUGGCGGGAGAACACCGCUGGCAACAAGCGAUACCACUCAUUCUUCAGAGACAUACUAUUCCUCGCGAUGGCCGCCCUCGGCGAGAACAACAUCGACCUGAUCGCGUUCCAGCGCGAAUAUUCGCGCGCGAUCACACAGCUCGGCGGCUCGCUGCGUCCACACGACUACCCGCCCACGCCUACCGCCGUCUGCUGCCGGCACUACUUCCGGCGCCUGCGGCUCGCGCAGGAGGACUGACCGAGGGCGCUGCGCGGACGAGCCGAGCGAGGCCUGUUAUAAACAUGAGUCUGCUCACAACAGUCAAAGAUUCAUU